CUCGUCAGGGAGGUGGAAGAUCUGAGAUCAGAGAACGAGUAUUUAAAAGAUGAGGUGGAGGAGCUGCGCUGUGAGAUGCUGGAGAUGCGUGACAUGUUCCAGGAGGAGGAGGUGUACCAGCUGCAGGAGCUUCGGCUGCAGUUGGAGCAGGCCAACAAGUCAUGCCGCAUCCUACAGUACCGCCUCCGCAAGGCCGAGCGCCGCAGCAUCCGAGUGGCUCAGACGGGACAGGUGGACGGGGAAUUAGUCAGGACGCUGGAGCACGAUAUCAAGGUUGCAAAGAGUGUUUCCCUGCGGCUAUACAACGAGCUGGAGGCAGUGCAGAAGAAGAACUCCCAGUUGGAGUGGGAAAAUGAGGCGCUGCGGGAAAAGACGCAGGAGAUGGAGGUGGCCAAGCAGGUCCUACAGGCGGAGGUGGAGAAAGCAAGAGAGAGCUCUGUGAAGAGGAAAAGCAUCAGAUCAACAGCCAGUAAGGCUGAGAGGAGGCUUUCUCAACAGAUUGAGGAUGACAGCGCUGAUCUCAAGUGCCAACUCCACUUUGCCAAAGAGGAAUUAGCUCUCAUGUGCAAGAAGCUCACCAAGUUGGUAUCAGAGAGUGAAGGCAUGCAUGAGCGGCUGGCCAAAUACCAUGCAGCCUACGGUGACGUAGAUGCCGCCCAAUCACCUGCGGGCAAACAAAACUCGGACCACGCCAGGGAGGCAGAAGUCAAAGUUCACUUGAAACUGGUCGAGGAGGAGGCGACGCUCCUAAGCCGGCGCAUCGUAGAACUGGAAGUGGAAAACCGAGGACUGCGAGCAGAAAUGAGCGACCUGAGGGAGAAAAUAGGAGGAGGAGGGGAAGAGGAAGAAGAAGAGAAUAGGGAUGUGUUGGAGGAAAGUAUGUCACCUUCCACGCCGGUGAAGGACAGAAAGGGAAGGGAACAAAGUUUGAAGAUGGAUGAAGAAGCAGCUAAAGGUAAAAGCACAGAGGAGACAUCUGUGCUUUGCAGCCAAUCACAGGCUUGUCAUAUUACUCGAGAAGGUCCCGUAGGCGGUGAGUGGGACCCGUCAGACAGUCAUGAGCGCGAUAGCAACAAAAACCUUGAUGGUGGACUCAAAGGAACCCUGAAAGACCACGAAAGUCUUCUCACUCUCAGAGAUCAUUCCUGUAUUUUGAUUUCAGCCAUCCAGCUCCUGAUGACACCACCUAAAAAUGGCCAUUGCUCAUCUCCCUCAUGUGCUAUUAACUCUCCGACAGAUGUGGACUCAAAGGGAAAAGCACAGGCGAUUUUCCUACCGGGGCCUUUAAAUGAGGCGUUAGAGCUUCUGCAGGCCAUGCUGUUGGCUUUCAUCGGGAGGGUGGAGGCGCUUCUAACAGGAGAAGAUUUAGGCAAACUCUUCCAGCGCAAGGAAGGACACGUCUGGGAUACUUUCUCCUCUGUCUGUGGAGAAAGUGCAGAUCAUGACGCGGGUCAAGACUCACCGAGAAAGCAGGAGUGUGUUGAAGAUCUCCGCACAACAGAGGUUAAAGAGAGAGCAAAACAAGCAACACAGCAACCUUCCCUCCAGUGGGACCCCAACCACAGCUGCAGGGACCCAAAGAUGAAACUUUCCCUGCAGAUUCUGUGGAUCCUUCAUGAGUGGUGUCAAGUUAAAGGAGCCGGCCUGAAGGGAAAAGAGGGUAGAGACAAAACCGUAUCUGUGUUGCAAGGGUUGCUGCAGAGCCUCUGCGCAGAGCUUCGGGAUGAGUGGAUCACAUUUGACAACAAUGCCAAAAUCAUGCAGGACAAGGCAGCUGAGAGUGUUGUCAGCGGCAUCUUUGAUGACAAUCGACAAUCUGAAGUUGACAGAAUCUGCAGCUCAAAAGGAAAAAGACUGGGGCGACAGUUUCCUCCACAUUACUCCAAGGAGAAGAACUGGUGCUAUCUGACUCAGGAGGCUGCCCAGCUGGACCGAGAGGACCCCAUUAAGACGUGGGACCAUCAAAUCAUGCCGCUUAGCUUCCCUGAUCUUAACUUUGAUCAGAUUUUCAUGGAGAGAAGCCACACUGCCCCAGAGAAAUCUACUGUCCGCAUCUACUACAGCCCCCCGUCGGCUCGCAGAGUCCAGCUGGCUCAGCUGAAGCAAAGCCCUGUCGCUGACACAGAAUCUGUAGACACGUCCUCUCCCUGGUGCACGCCGCCGACCUCCUUUUCUCCUCUCUGUCUGGACUCAUCUGCUAACCUGAGCGACGACAUGAAGGAGAUGACGGCCAGCUGGAGGCAGACAGUUCCAGGUAGUUCACAGGUGAAGAGAGGGAGAGUACUGGGCCGGUGGGUGGACGUGGCCUGCUCAGGGACUCAGACCCACACAAAGCCACUAAUGGUGAGUGUUGGUCUGCAGACAGAUGGGACACACGUACCUGUUAGUGUGAGAAACAGUCCUUCUCGGGUCCUGAACUCCUCCUUGGUCUCUGCCCGCACUCACCACAUCUCCACCUCACUGGAAGGAGUGUCCGGUAGAAUCGAGAGGAACAGAUCCACCUCCUCGCCUAAAUUGUACCGAAGACACUCUGCGUCCGGUGUGUCAUCUGUCCCUUCAUCCACCAGUUUGAGUUCCUCAUCAUCUUCAUCCACUUCAAGAGAUCGAGCACUGUGGAACCUGUCCCGCCAAAACCAGUCUGGCCUCUCGUGGACCCGCCAAACUAGUCACAGAGCAGCUGCAGGACAGAACCACAGCUCUCUAAGCAGUGAGCUUUCAGGCCGGAGCACAAAGCCUCCCAGCAAACCUGCAGGCGCCAACCGUUAUGGUUUAGUCUCAGAGUUCCUACGAACGACAGCGUGA